GUUAUAUUUAAAAACAUAAGUGUUGAAAAUAUUUAUAGAAUUAUGUAAAGAAGGACAUUUUUGUACAAAGCUUACAAUUAUAUUUUUAUAUUUACAGAAUAAGAACGUUUUCAUUCACUAAAAUAUUGUAUCGUGUGCAAUUCUGCUGAUGUCCGCGGGGGCGCUGUGGCGCUCGCUGCAUUUCUUCUACAUCUAUUUACAGAUAGCACUUCCGGAUUCGGCUGUUUACCGUUGACGGUGUGUGUCGGUAAUGAGAGGAAGCUGUACGCGCUGUUUCCGGUUUGGUGAUUAAUCAGAGAAGAAGCAGAAAAUAAUGAAGGGAGUUAAACGAUCUAAAAACACUGCAGGGACACCGAGGAGCACACACACAGGCAGACUGAACACAGAGAUCUGUCGGUUGUGUCAUGGCCGGUUCUCUGCGAGGAAGCUGCGUGACCUGGUCCCAUGGCCUUCAUCUACCGAACACUCAACACCAGGCUUCUGUUCAGAUUUUCAGCGGUUGCUGGGCGUGUCGGUGCGGAACGACUUAACACUCUCACCGUACAUCUGCUCCGACUGCCACAACCAGUUCUACCAGUGUCACAGCAUCCUGCAGGCCUUCAGACACCGGGUCAACUCAUCACCAUCACUUAACACCAGCACAGAGAGGUGCAGUUCAACAUGGACAAACACAGAUGAACCGGAUCAGUCCUCUCCGCCCAUCACCUCUGACCCUCACUGUCUGCUGCGCCUGGUGUCAUGGACUCAUGAGCAUGCUGGGAGCUGCAGUUUCCCUCCUGGUCUGCAGGAGGUGCUGGAGGAGCGGUGUGGAGGUACGGUCAGGGUGGUGUGGAGCUGUGAGGACGGACACUCCUACACCAUGGACACUGGUGUGUGGGACAGACAGGGAGACAACAGACACCCACACCACCACCAACCGAUCACAAGCAGGGAGGAGAACUCCACCCACACCAAGGGGGAGCAGACACAGAGCUCCGCCCACACUCACAACGACACUAAAGCUCUAAGUUAUCGUGCAGAUGCUCAGCGAACAGACGAGGUUUCAUCACCUGCUCAGCGUUUAGAGGACAGCGACCUGUCAGACAGAAAUUUCUCCAGUGAGGAAGAGGAGGAGACGAGGAAGAGCAGCUCAGAGGACAGCACACACCCUACAGCUGACAAACACUCGAAGAAGAUGAGUAAAGAAGUAAAGAACCUGCAGCCUAAAGAGAGGAAGAAGCCUGGACCCAAACCUGGGUGGAAGAAGAAGAUGAAAUCAGAGCGAGAGGAGCUGCCCACCAUUUAUAAAUGUCCUCAUCAGGGUUGUACAGCAGUGUACAGAGGAGUGGAUGGCAUGAAGAAACACGUGAAGGAGCACCAUGAAGAAGUGAGGGAACGACCCUGUCCUCAUCCAGGCUGCCACAAAGUGUUCAUGAUCGACCGCUACCUACAGAGGCACAUCAAACUCAUUCACACAGAGGUAAGGAACUACAUCUGUGAUCAAUGCGGUCGGACAUUUAAACAGAGGAAACAUCUCUCUGUGCACCAGAUGAGACACUCAGGAGCAAAACCACUGCAGUGUGAAGUGUGUGGUUUCCAGUGUCGCCAGAGAGCGUCUCUGAAGUAUCACAUGACCAAGCACAAGGCUGAGGCAGAGCUGGAGUUUGCAUGCAGCGUUUGUGAGCGACGCUUCGAGAAAGCACACAACCUGAAUGUCCACAUGAGCAUGGUGCACCCUCUGUUACAGGAGCACAACACACACACCACGGACGUGAGCUGAGAGCUGUGUGGCCUGGUGUCACACACACACACCCCUCAGUAUGGAGCAUGUUGAGGCUGUGUGUGUGUGUGUGUGUGUUAGUACACAGGUCACCCUUUGGUCCUGUGAACAGAGCAUCACACAGGUCUGUAGGGAGAACUGAGCGGUCCCUGAUGCUCCCUACAGCCACCACUAAACACACUUAAGUGCACUUUGAUGCAUCACUGUGUUUUAUUACAUUUCAUAUCACUGUAAAGACCCUCAAGUCUGUUUACUUCCUGUUUCCUGUUGUGCCUGGACUUCAGAUACAGAUACCAGUCUAUAAUUACCCACAAUCCUCCUGUAGUGAGUUUAUCACGAGCGACAAACAGUCAAACAAGAAGUUUCUCGUCACACAGAGAAAUCCUGCAGGUCAAAGGUCAUUAGACCUCAGAGCCGAGAGCGCAGCUGCCACCUCGGGAUCCAGCUCCAUACACUCCGCCUCCAUCUGAGAGAGAGAGAGAGAGAGAGAGAGAGAGAGAGAGAGAGAGAGACUGUUGACUGCACACAUCACACAGGGAUGACACGUGUGUGUUAGCUGACAGUGUAGCCUGCUAAUAAGCUAGCAUGCUAACUACCUGGGAAAUAAAAAUCAGGUGCCAAAACAAAUGACACCAAAAUCCUCAAAUGUUCCUCACAAAGCUCUAAACACCACUUUAUAUCACACAGUACGUGUAAAACACUGAGCAGUCAUUAAUCUAAUAUUUACAAACCUGUGGAAAACUGUGACGGGAAAAAACCUCGAAUCUGAAACGUCCCACGUGGAAAUAGGAAAUUUAUCUGUUUCUCUUUUUAACAGCAAAUAUUUAUUUAUUUACUGAGUCGUCUGACACACGGAACAGAGCGUCGUUACGGCAACCAAAGGGGAGCUGCAUGAGGAAGAGCAGGAACUCUGUGUGUUGGGGGUGGGGGGGUGUUACGACCACGACUAACAGGCUGAGUCGAUGAUUUUUUUAUUGUGACCAGGGUGUAUAUUGAUACAGAUGUUUUGUAAUAAACACACAGAACCUGA